GUGCCAGGCUCGCCAUGGGGCAGAACGGCAGCUGGAGCUCCCGAAACGCCAGCGCGGUGCUGCUCAACGCGUCGGGCACCGAGGCGGCGGGCGCCAACCGGAGCGCGCUCGGGGGGCUCGGGGAGGCGCAGCUGUACCGCCAGUUCACCACCACGGCGCAGGUCGUCAUCUUCAUCGGCUCGCUGCUCGGAAACUUAAUGGUGUUAUGGUCAACGUGCCGCACAACCGUGUUCAAAUCUGUCACCAACAGAUUCAUUAAAAACCUGGCCUGCGCGGGGAUCUGUGCCAGCCUGGUCUGCGUGCCCUUCGACAUAAUCCUCAGCACUAGUCCUCACUGUUGCUGGUGGAUCUACACUGUGCUCUUCUGCAGGGUCGUCAAAUUCUUGCACAAAGUCUUCUGUUCUGUGACUAUCCUCAGCUUCCCUGCUAUAGCCUUGGACAGGUACUACUCAGUCCUCUAUCCUCUGGAGAGAAAAAUAUCAGAUGCCAAAUCGCGUGAACUGGUGAUGUACAUCUGGGCCCACGCUGUGGUGGCCAGUGUCCCUGUGUUUGCUGUGACCAAUGUGGCCGACAUCUAUGCCAUGUCCACUUGCACGGAGGCCUGGAGCAACUCCUUGGGCCACUUGGUGUAUGUCCUGAUCUAUAACAUCACGACUGUCAUCGUGCCCGUGGCCUUGGUGUUCCUCUUCUUGAUCCUGAUCCGCCGGGCCCUGAGUGCCAGCCAGAAGAAGAAGGUCAUCAUCGCCGCAUUGCGGACCCCCCAGAACACCAUCUCCAUUCCCUACGCAUCCCAGCGGGAGGCUGAGCUGCACGCCACCCUGCUCUCCAUGGUGAUGGUCUUCAUCUUGUGUAGUGUGCCCUAUGCCACCCUGGUGGUCUACCAGACUGUUCUCAAUGUCCCCGACACAUCUGUGUUCUUGCUGCUCACUGCCAUUUGGCUGCCCAAAGUCUCUCUGUUGGCCAACCCUGUGCUCUUUCUGACUGUGAACAAAUCUGUCCGGAAGUGCUUGGUCGGGACCUUGGUGCAGUUGCACCACCGCUAUAGUCGCCGGAAUGUGGUGAGCACGGGCAGUGGGGCAGCCGAUGCCAGUCUGGAGCCCAGCAUGCGCUCAGGCAGUCAGCUCCUGGAAAUGUUCCACAUCGGGCAGCAGCAGAUCUUUAAGGCUACCGAGGAUGAGGAGGAGAGUGAUGCCAAAUACAUGGGCGCAGCUGAGCUCCAGGCUAAGGGGAUGGUGACCUCAGGCCUGGAGGGGGAGCUGGGCUCACAGUUUGCCACCCUUGCACCACCCCCAGGCACAGUGGAUCAGGCAGCCUCGGCAGGUCCCCUAGAACUUGAGACAUUCCCCGACAAAUAUUCCCUGCAGUUUGGCUUUGGGCCUUUCGAGUUGCCUCCUCAGUGGCUUUCUGAGACCCGAAACAGCAAGAAGCGGUUGCUUCCCCCACUGGGCAACACCCCCGAAGAGCUGAUCCAGACAAAGAUGCCCAAGGUAGGGAGGGUGGAGCGGAAGAUGUGCAGAAACAACAAAGUGAGCAUUUUCCCCAAGGUGGAUUCCUAGCAGGAGGGUCAGUUGCUGGAAGCAUCCCGCAAGGUCCGAGGCA